AUCGGUGGGCGGGGCCUGAGCGGCAGUGUUCUCGGUCAAACGGCGGAAGCGGCGCGGUGUCCCCCAGCGGCUCUCGCGCAUUAAACCUCUACAAUACAACAAGAGCCAUGAAGAUCUGGACGUCAGAACACGUUUUCAACCAUCCGUGGGAAACCGUGACCAAAGCUGCCAUGCAGAAGUACCCAAACCCCAUGAACCCCAGCGUGUUUGGCGUGGACGUGUUGGACCGUAACGUGGACCAGCGGGGACGACUGCACAGCAAGCGGCUUCUCAGCACCGAAUGGGGCCUGCCGUCCAUCGUUAGAUCGAUAAUUGGCAACACGCGGACAUGUACGUACAUCCAGGAGCACUCCGUAGUCGAUCCCAAAGAGAAAACCUUUGAGCUUCAGUCCACUAAUAUCACCUUCACUAACAUGGUGUCUGUGGACGAGCGGCUCGUUUACCGGCCGCACCCAGAGGACCCGGAAAAGACCAUGCUGACGCAGGAGGCCAUCAUCUCUGUGAAGGGUGUCAGUCUCAGCAGCUAUCUGGAGGGACUCAUGGCCUCCACCAUCUCCAGCAAUGCAGGAAAGGGUCGUGAGGCGAUGGAGUGGGUGAUCAGACGUCUGAACACAGAGAUCGAGGAGCUCGCCAUCACAGCCAGAGGAACCCUGAGGACACCUAUGGCCGCCGCCGCCGUCACCGAGAAAUGACCGCCUUCCUCUCUGUCGCCGCUCUUCUCCACGCAUCUUUCUCCAAUGGUGGAAGUUCGAUCUCGGCGUCCUACGCAUUCAAGUGUCUACAUUAGAGGCUGACGGGGACACGGCCUGAGCUUUAACAUCGACCAACAAACUCUCAAACCUAGUUUUAAUGAAUCAGUAUAACGGGACACACACAUGCUCUCUAAUGCGAACGAUGGAAGAGGAACGUAUGCCAAACCAUUCAGCUCUGUUACACAUGACUCUUACAGUCAGAGAGCGCAGCUGUUGGAUGCUUCACCAGCACUUAAACACUUGAAAACUGUUAGUAAUAUUAGCUACUAUUAUACUAGUUACACUUAAUCCAAGCAUCAAGGAAGGGAACAAACUAAUCCAGACUAGAUUUGAAGAGGACCAUCGCGGAUGUUCACUGGAUUCUUCAGAUGCUGAGCACUGAAGAGAUGAUGUGCGAUCAUCAUCAUCAUCAUCGAGAAUGUGCUAUAUAAUGUUAAUGUCUCCUUCCCUCAGUAGGGAACAUAUGUGCACUUGCUGUGACUGUAAGUGGGGUGUUGGAUCCAGAUGUGAUGAUGGGAAACAUCAGAAAGAGGGUGAAAUACAUUCUAUUUAUUUAUUUAUUUUUGGUAGGUUUAUGUUAUUUCAUGCAUCCAUGAAUCACAACGUCAUUAUCUUCAUCGUCAGCGAUGGGUAACAUGAAUAAAUAUCAAUCCUGUAGCUCUUCAGAUGUAUUUACUGAAUGCGACGGUGAAGAUGGUGCUUCUGUGUGUUCUUGCGUCUUUCCUUCUCGACUGAAAUGGCAUCGAAGACCUUGUGUAUGUUUGGUUUACUUCAGUUUAAAUAUUAUGAGGAACUAAAAUAAAACGACUUAUUUAUACUGAAUGUAAAUGUUACUGGCAUAUUUAGUAUUAAAUCAAAUAAAGCUACUUGGUGCAAAGGUUGAAAUAAUUUAGGAAUGAAUUAAAUGACUAGUGUUUUAGAGAUGCUCUCUGUUCAUCAUUUGUUCUCUGAACACAGCCAAAGCGGUUUACAAAUGUUGAAAUAAACUCAUAUUCGUACUAAA